GACACAAACGUCACAAAUCAUAUGUUAUUAAAACGUACACGCAAGUGUACCACAAAUCGGACCAGAUUUGCCCGAUUUGAGCCGUAAAAAAAAACACGUCGCGCACACCACGCUCGAAAUGCAUAGUUAAACCCCAGCGCGAGUUGCUCCUUCCGACAUGUGGCCCGCGCGCACGUUCUGCGACCGCAUUGCCGCGUAAUUAUUAAUUCCGUGAACGAACAUUCAGCCUGCACGCCGAUCACAUUCCAAUUACAGCGCAAAAUGUCGCGAAACCGCAAGCCGACGAGUGCGACGGUGCGCCUCAAGCAGGAUUACAUGCGGAUGAAUCGCGACCCAGUGCCGUACAUUACCGCUGAACCACUGCCUUCCAACAUUCUAGAAUGGCAUUAUGUAGUUUGUGGACCAGAAAACACCCCAUAUGAAGGUGGUUACUACCAUGGCAAGCUAGUAUUUCCGCGUGAGUUCCCCUUCAAGCCGCCGUCGAUUUAUAUGAUAACGCCCAGUGGCAGAUUCAAGCCCAACACGCGUCUGUGCCUCAGUAUUAGUGAUUUUCACCCAGACAACUGGAAUCCUGCAUGGAGUGUGUCUACAAUUCUCACUGGCCUAUUAAGUUUUAUGAACGAAAAAAGUCCGACGGUUGGAAGUAUAGAAACGACAGACUAUCAAAAACGUCAACUUGCCUACCAAUCACUAGAGUAUAACAUAAAAAACAAUCAGUUUAAAGAGUUAUUCCCUGAAAUUACAACAAUGAUCGAGGAGGAAUUAGCUCAGCGGAAACAGAAUGAACCACCAGCACUGGAUCCAUCGCACACCGCACCAGGCACAAGUGAACAGUCGACAUUACAAAGCUGCGUCGUGAACCUCGUCGUCUUCGUGGUGUUUGCAUGUUUUGCAUUUGUCGUCAAACACGUGAUGGUCGCGUCAGCAGGUAACGCCACCGAGGACGCCAUUUAACUUGUUGCAUAAAGACAGAAAAUAGCAAAAAGAAACGAGAAAUAUUGUGAUAAUCGACUUUGCUCGAGUUACCUAAUGAUGGGAGAAAUAUUACGCAUAUGAAUGAAUAAUAUAAUUGCAUGAGGGGCGGCCACCGCGCAUGGUAAACAAAUAUUUUAAAGGGCAAACACGACUUUUCUAAAGAGUCGCUAAUAUAAGAUUUUAAACCAAGAAAUGAACUUGUACAAAGUUGUAAAAAGUGUGCAUGCUGAGCAUGAUCAGAUGGGGUAAAACAAUAUGUAUAUUCAUGUAAAAAAUAUUAAAAAAAACACUUGGAAACACAA